CGCGGAACGGAGAACAGAUCUACACUCUAUCAUGGCUCUAUUAAUGCUCCUGUUGUUCCUUCUGCCUGCAGCAGCUUCUGACCAAGAAGCAUUAACCGUGUAUCCUGGAGAUGAUGUCACUCUGCCAUGUCAGACUGAUUAUUACCCCAUCGGCGUUGUACAGUGGAGCAGACCUGACCUGAAGCAAGAAUACGUCCUCUUAUACAGAGAUGGACACAUGGAUCUAUACGGCCAGCAUCCAGAAUUGUACGGCAGGGUAGACCUGGUGGACAGAGAGCUGAAGGAUGGAGACGUGUCUUUAAUUCUGAAGAAUGUGAGAGGCAUAGACAGAGGAACAUACAAGUGUCGAGUUAAAGCAGAUCGUUCGAGGCUCAUCGUUGACUCUGAGCCAAUUAGAACCAUCCAUCUGCUGGUUACAGAGCCAGGUUUUGUUGUUAGAAACUCCUCUCCUGUAGGCCGAGACCUUGGACUGGCAGCAGGUGGACUGCUUCUUGUAUCUGUUGCAGUGGUUGGUGUCCUGAUAUAUUAAAAGACAUAAGGGCAAGAGGUUAGGAUCGGCUGCAGAUGAUGCUGAUGAAGAACCAGCUGUUCAGUUCAUCGGACAACUCACAUAGCUAUUUACACCUCACUGUUUGUGACUUCUCUAUCUCUGGGUGUGAGGCCAUGUUUUAAUCUGCUUUUAUAUCAUCCAAUUUCUCCCCUCUAUGAAUCUCACAUACUUUUUUUCAAGUAAGGUUCUGUCACUUUAAAGACAUUUUACUAGAGUAGGGAUGCACCGAAUCCAGAUUUUUGGGGUUCAGCCGAAUACCGAAU